AUUCCGCGAAUCCAAAAUCGAUAAAUCGCUCCUAAAUAGUGCACUCGUAUAAUUCAAAGUUUCAUCAUGUACCCCGGUCAAGAUCUGGAAGAAAAGUACACCGAAAAUGAAAAAUUCAAUCUUAAGUCGUAUACGCUAAGAAAAAACGUCUUUGAGUUGUCCACGCUAUGCUGCCUCCUAAUUUUAUUCGCUCUUCAAAUUUGCUCCUUCUAUCAUAUUUACGCGCUGAAGAAUGAAAUGAAUGAAGUUUCAAGAAACAAUGAGAAACUCUCCAAAUUUGUAGCAGAUUUUUGGAAUAAAAGGGACAAGAGGUCAACCUACCUAAUAGACCAUGAUGUGCUCAUCGACACUACGACCCUCAGUGGAUUCUGCCGUGGCGUUCAAACCUGCACACGUAAGUUGAAGAAUGUAAUUGCAACCAUUAAAUGACACACAUGGUUCAAAGACCUUUAUAGGGACUGACGCUGACGGUGGAAUUUACGGGGCAAGUAAAAAACUGGAAUAGCGAAA